GGUAGUCUACUUCAUCUUUUGAACGUUAAUUGUUCGUGUUCAUUUUAAUUAAUGGCGUCUAAGAAACGACGAAAGUACCAAAAGCGCCAUGGAAACGAUUCUGUUGACUUUCAAGAGGAAAUAGAACCCCUGUUUAACAAAAAAUUCGUUUUAAAGUCAAACGAGGAAAUAUGGGAACUUCCGGAUUCGUCGACCAUGUUUCAAGAACCACCAUUCAUUCUAGAAGACCUGAUCUCGCUGAAAGAUGAUUUGAAUCGGAAAAAGGGCUUAUUGAAUGAUAUGGAUAUUGUCCAAUGGCAUUCACAUACCCGCAGAACUCACAAAGCCGGACUUGUCGUGAAGCACCUCAGAGAGAACUUCCAUGCGGAAAUGUGUACUCAGGCCUGGACUAAAUUCUACGAAAUUCUCAGUGCCUUUGAUCUGAUCCCAGAGGAUGCACAAAGGAAACAAAUAUUUCGCUCUGUGCACCUCUGCGAGGCCCCUGGGGCUUUUGUUGCAAGUUUGAAUCACUUUCUAAAGAGCCAUUACAAUGGUCUAGAUUGGCAGUGGGUUGCUAAUACUCUGAAUCCUUACUAUGAAGGACAUGACCUGACAGCCAUGCUGGAUGAUGACAGGUUUAUUUUAGAAACAUUGUUGCAUUGGAAUUUUGGUGCUGAUGGAACUGGGGACUUGAUGAAACUGGCUAAUCUGGAUUCUCUUCAACAGGAGACUGGUGAAAAUCACUUGGUGACAGCAGAUGGUAGUAUCAAUUGUGCCAAUUGUCCAGAUGAACAGGAAAGUAUUGUAGGGCAGCUAAUCUUCUGUGAGGCAGUAGCAGCUCUAAAUCUACUUUGCCAAGGAGGAAACUUUGUGUUCAAAAUGUUCACUGCAUUUGAGCAUCGAAUGGUUUCUCUGAUGUAUCUUCUUGCUUGUGUUUUUCAAGAAAUACAAGUCAUUAAACCAGGUACAAGUAAAUCUGGCAAUUCAGAAGUAUACAUUGUAUGCCUCCAAUUUAUUGGAAAACAGCAAAUUCCAAGGUGCAUUUUGGAUGAGCUGAAGAAGGGCUAUACCCUAAAUUGCCCAUCAACCAGCCUCUUUUCUUUACAAUCCAUUCCUGCCAUAUUUUUGGAGAGAUUGAAAACAUGUCAGACAUACUUUACGGAACUUCAAAUGAAAGCCAUUGAUCAGAACAUUCGACAGUUCCAUUGCAUGACAUCUGCUGAAAGAAAGGUACACAAUCAACUUCGUCAGCUUGUGGUGGAACACUUUGUGGAAAGAUUCCACUUGCAGCCAAUCAGUGAAGAGGAGCAUAUAGUAAUGGGUACUAGGUUAGAUGGGACACAGCUCAGCUUCACCAGAGGGUCCACAAAUUAUGUCCCUUUUGUUGAGACUUUUACUGGUAGACAUCAGAUGGGAAGCUAUAACCAGAGACAAGGAAGUCUUCACCAGAACUGGCUUGACAAAAUCAAAGUUGAUCAUCAGUUGAAAUUUUGCCCAUCUCAUUCAAGAAGUUUAAAAGACCUUUCUCAAGUCAGCAAUGGUGUUCCUCUCAUUCCGCUUUACCAUGAUCAAGUUAUUUGGUUACCAAGGACAAAGAGUAUCUCACCAGAGAGCUGGAAACCUAGGACUGCAGCACGUUUAUUGGCCAUUUUGAAUUCGCGUUUCUGCACCCCUAUCUACAUUAGCAAGUUGCAAGAGGCGCAUCAACAGGCAGCAAUUCUGAGAGAAGAAAAUGCUGACAAUCUCAGAGCCCUUUUAGACAAAGUGAAUCCUUCAAACAUUGUCAAGAUGUCACGUGGAGGGGAAGCAGAGCUGCGAAAUCUUGAUAAUCUUGUUUACUUUUCAGAAAUGGCUAAGGGUGAGAAUUAUGGAAUUGUGCUGAAUCUUGUCAAUGGCCUGUACUUCCUGGUGCAAUACCUGCAAGAGAAGAAUGCUAGAUUCUACUCCAUUCAGUUACACAAUGGAACACCUCUUGAAACUAUUAACGAUGAAACAAUCUGUAAAUCUCAGAGAGUAAACAUUGUCUUUGCCAAUUUAAGCCAUACUGAUGAGUUGAGUUCAAAACGAGAGAUUGUUUAUCUUUGCAUAGUUGCUCUGAGGCUUCUAGGGAGUGGAGGAACGUUUGUCCUGAACAUCCACCAAACACUGACAAGGUUCAGUGUAGGCAUUUUGUUUAUAAUGCAACAGAUGUUUGAUAAAGUAGCGAUGGUUAAACCAGUGAUGUCACAUCUUUUCAGGUCACAGAGGUUUCUGGUAUGCAAAGGAUUUCUCAGUGAUGUUCAACAUUAUGUAACCUAUCUUGCACAGGUUUUUGAUCAGCUCUCAAAUCUGGAGCAGGAGAAAUCAGCAUUUGAUGUUGUUGAGAUAGUUCCUAUGCAUUUUCUCUACAGCGAACAGUUUUACUCAUUUGUUAAGAGGACAAAUGAGCAAUUGGCUCAUUUACAACUCAAGGAAAUUGUUCAACUGGAAAAUUUGUUUCUUAAUCCUGAUCAAUUGCCAACCUCAGAAGAAAUUUCUAAUCUUGAAAAGGAGGUAACAGCAUACUUGAAAUAAGUGUGGAUUUUAAGUUCUCGUUAAAAACUAGAUCUGAUCAGGAGUUCUUCAAAUUUGAAAAGUGAAAAAGGUGGAAAAGGCAAACCAACUAAUACCCUCAGCCCAACAUGUAGGUUUGUGUUACAGCGAGAAAUAAACUCUUAUAAAACAUUCU